UUUUCGUUGAUCCCUUCGUUUGAUGUCUCGGAGUCUGUGGUGUUUUCGUCGAGGAAUUCUCGUAGGAUUAUUCGUUCUUCGUUAGCUUGUUCCGUUGUUGGUCUCCGAGUCCUUACGAUUUACG